GGCGGCGGCGGCGGCGGGCGGGCUCCCUUGGCCCGCUGGCCCGGCGGGCCGAAAGCCCGAGGCGGACUUCUGGCGGCUUUUGUUCGCGCCGGUCUGCGUGGAGCCUUGCUGGAGCUGAAAGCGGGCGUCUGGCCUCCCCGUUUCAUGUCCGAGCGUCCCAGUAGGGAGGGAGCGGGUGUCUUCCCAGAGCCGCCGCGGCAGGGCUCCGGAGACCCUCGUCCACGUCCCCGCCCUGCCUCAGAGGAGCUGUGUGACCUUGGGCGAGUGGCUUGGUCUCUCUGAGCCCUGGGCGCCUCCCCCGAAAAUGAGGGUGAUGACAGCCGCCCCCGGGGGUCCGUGAGAGGGUCGUGAGCUCACAGAGGCCCGGCGCCCGCACCUCUGAGGCGGCGGCCUGCUUGGAGAUGUGACGGGAGCAAGCUUUGUGCGAAAACCUCAGCCGGGUGGAGCCGUUAAGUCGGCCUCCUUUCAGCGGGUUGCUGCCUCGGCUCCAGGAACCGAGAGGAUGGCCGGGGUCAGGGAGCGUUCGCUCCGGCGCGGAGUGCGGGUUGGGGACAGGCGGGGGAGACGCCGGUAGCCCGGCCACCUCCAAGCCCGCAGCUGCAGGCAGCGGCCCGCCAUCUCCAGGACGAGGAAGCCGAGGCUGGGGAGCAAGAAGCGCACGCUUCCCCGCCCUGCCGGGAGCACCCUUCUUCUGACGUCCAGCGGCCCAGGACGGGGCCUGUUCCUGUCUUUGUCCAGCGGCUCUUCGGGGGCCUGGUGUGCACCAGGUUCUGAGCCCUGGGGGGCCCGCUGCGAGCAGAGCCUGCGCUCCAGCCUGUGGGGCUGACAGCCUGGUCCCGACAGUACGUAACAGAGACUAAGUGAAUGCAUUUCUUCAGGACAUGGUCCAAGGUGCUAGAAACGUCCUAACAAGACUUUGAAGCCUUGGGACUUCAGAGUUGAACAGACAUUGCAGAGCCUUACUUGGGGGGUGGGGGGAGAAGAUUUGCUUCCCACUACCCCACCCCCUCCACUCCCGGGGCGGUUUUUCUCUGAGCCACCUGGUGUUCGUGGCCAGUGUGGGAAGGAGCAGGCAUCCAGGCGGUCAGCAUAGCUUCCCAAGUGUAUUAGGUCCUCCUAGGCAGCACGGGCAAGGCUGGCUCCAGCCGGGUGUCCCCACCUUGCUUCCCCAGCACAGACUCAUUUCUGCGGAUAAUUGAAUUAAUUCUUGUUCUCUUUGACCUCACUUUCUCAAGUGAUUCCAGGGAAGUAGCCACAUUCCAAAAUCUUACGAUGUGAGGAAGUGAAGGAAUUGGAAAACCAAAACAGUUCACCUUUGCUUUCUGUUGAUAAGUUCCUUGGAGUGGAAAGAUCUUGGGCCCUUAGCAGUGAUGGGCGUUUCCUUAAAUCCAGCUGGACCUGUCUGUAAAACCCCUAAGCUCUGGUGCCAGUUGACCUGGAUUCCAGUCCCAGCUCUAGCCAGCUCUGUGACCUUGGCCAUUCAUUCAACCCCUCCAGGCCUCAGUUUCCUCGUCUGUAAAAGGCAGCCAGGAACUCCUCCUCCCAGCUGGCAGUGGAGGUCAUGGAUGCUAAUGGGAGCCCUUGACAGCUGGGACAGCUGAGCCACAAGUAAUGGAUCAAGGUCUCCCAGCUCCCAACCACCUUCUUGCCACUUCUGCCUGUGCUAUUUGCUAUUUAAUGUAUACACUGGGGUGAAGAAUGUUCCCCCAAAAUGUCCUAUUCACCCAGAACCUCAGAAUGUGACUAUUUGGAAGCAGGGUCUUUGUAGAUAUAAUUCAGAGAAGUAUCAAGAUGAGAUCAUGGACUAGAGUGGGCCCUUAAGGACACUUCAGUGUCUUUAAAAGACGCUGAAAAAGACUCAGGAAGAAAAAGGCCAUGUGACAACAGAGGCAGAGCUUUGGAGCCAAGGGGCGUCUGGAGCCCCCAGGAGCUGAAAGAGGCAGGAAGGACCCUCCCCUGGAGCCCUCAGUGGGAGCAUGGCCCUGCCGACACCUUGACUUUGACCUCCUGGCCUCCAGAACUGUAAGAGAACACAUUUCUGUUGUGUUAAGCCACCAAGUUUGCGGUUGUUUGUAACGGCAGCCCCAGGAGACUCAGACAGCAUUGUUUCUCCCUCAACUUCAGUCUAGCUCAGUUUAAUCCAACAGAUAUUAAAUCCCUGCCCUGCAGGACCAGACCCCACUAAGGGUUUGGGGCUUCUAAGGAGAAUGAGACCCAGCCCCCUGACUCUAAGGGACCGAUGGCCUGGACUCCCCUGCUCUGAGGCAGGUGGGCCACCAGUCUGCAAGGGAGCUUUCCCUUCCACAUACUGUUCCGUUCCCUAAGGGCCUCCCGGGGAGGGCAGAAGGUGGGCGGGGAGGGCAGAAGGUGGGCGCUGACUCCCAUUGCCCCCCCCCCCCCCCCCAGGCUGCUGUUUUCUCUGCUCUCCCUGCCACCCAGAGAUCCUUGCCUAAAACAGCCUCCAGCCCUGGGCUGUUUGGAGCUUCUCACUUUCCCUUGCUCUGCAGGAGGUGACCUCAGGCUUCCACUGGGACUUGAGUGUUUCUCCAAUUCCUACAAAGUGGAGGGGCCGGGGACCCAUGGGAAGAGAUUGAGGGAGCAUCCCUCCAAGUGCAAGAAAGGGCGCUCCGAGUAACAGGGAGGUGGGGUCACGUGUUCAGCAGGGAGCGAUUCCUACACAACGCUGUGCAGGACAGCAGGUUCACUAGCUCCUUCAGGCCACACCUGCCACAUGCCUGACUCAGGACCCAGGGAUAACAAUGCAGUCUAGGGGAGCUCGUGGUCUAAGGUUGGACAAUAUGUCUGUCUGCACUUUCUAUAGAGCUGGGAUGGAGCAGAAAUUAAUAUUAUUUUGGGGAAAGAGAAAGAUUUGGAUUUCAUUCCAAAUUCCCCAAACAUUGAUUUUGCUGUGAUGUGCGUGGGAUGACUCCUUGCGUAUGAAUUAGUGACACUGGCGAAUUACUGCGGUAGGCAGGGACCAGGCUGAGACAAGAGAUCAGCCACUUUGACCCAGAGUGCGGUGCUCUCCACCCCUUGGCCUUGCUUUUCCUCUCAUUUAGAAUCUAGCCAGAGAGGAAGAGCCUGGAGACCAGGUUGUGGUUAGGAAAAUGAAAACAGAAUUAAGAUUGAGACUCCGAUUAAGAAGAGGGUGCCUUAAACACACAGGCUCCGUGCCUGGACACACCACUUAUUUUUCCCUGGGGUGUGUAUCCAGGAUGUGUGUGAUCUCCACGUGGGUGUUUUCAUUUGUCCUAGGUCCUGCCUUCCUGUGAUGGAGAAAGCAAAGGGACCCCUAACAUGCAGGCCUUAAGAAAUGCAGAGUGGUCAGUUGUAGGCCCGUGGGCAUGCGGUUCAGAUGUGUUGGAACCAGAUCCUAAGUCAACUGCCAGGAUUCUGUCCUCAGGGAGGAGAGCACAAAGGUGACAAGUCAUUAUUCACUGUUUCUGCAAACUGGAGAUUCCAAAGGUAUCUGUGACAUGCCAGUUCUUCCCAGCCCCGACUGCUGACAAAGUCCACUUGGGGUCAUAAAUGGGCAAUUGACCCCAACCACACCCGGCCCUGUUUCUGCAUGGCCACACAUUCUUCUCCAGGGCAGACCUGCUUUUGAGGGUGUCUUUGGCCUUGGGCUGGAUGCAGUGUUUCCCCAGUGGGAGCUGCCUGGGCUCUUACUUAAGAUGCAGAUUCCUAAGCCCGACCGCAGGUGUCAGACUCUGUGCGGUGGGGCCUUGGAAUCUGCACGUGACGAGCUCCCGGGGCGUACUGAGGUUGGACACCUCCCUUUGGGCAAGGCGUUCUUGCUCUCAGGCUUCCUGUGUGCUUCCCUCGUCAACAGCCAUAGUUGUAGUGAGUCGAGUUGGUGUUACGGGCCUACCAUUCUGCAAGGAUCUCCGUAUUUUAGUUUUUUAUUUUUAUUUAUUUUUUUGGCUGCACCAUGCAGCAUGUGGGAUCUUAGUUCCCCAACCAAGGAUGGAACCUGUGCCCCCUGCAUUGGGAGCGCGGAAUCUGAACCACUGGACCACCAGGGAAGACCCGGAUCUCCCUCUUUUACAGGUGGGGGAGACGGAGGCUUAAAGAGGCCACACAGCCAAUGAAUAGUGAAUUCGCAUCACUAAAUUCUGCAGCCUUAUUUCUGUUGUAUAUUCGCUUGUUAUUCACAUCUCUACAUUUCUUACACCACAAUAAUGAUAUCCCCUGAAAGCUAACAGUUCACUGCUGCUCUCGGGUUUUGUGUGUUCUAGGUUUCUUUUGUUUACCUUUUUACUAUGGAAGUUUUCAAACACACCCAAACAUCAAGAGGACAGUGUAGGCACUCCCCACAUCCCUACAGCCCAGCCCCAACAGAGAUGACGUUUUGCCGUUCUUAUUUCCUCUGUUUCUCCCUGGGGUGGGAGAAAUACAUAUAUUUUCUUUCUGGAGUUUUUUAAAGCAGAUAAAUUGGGUAUUAUGUAUGUAUUAUAUAUAUACAUAUAAAACUGUGUUACUCUGUCUGAUUGUGAGAUAAUACAUGCUUCUUCUUCUUCCUCCUCCUCCUCCUCCUCCUCCCCCUCCCUCUUCCCCUUCCCCUUCUCCUUCUUCUUCAUCUUUUUUUCCUUUUUUGGCCCGCACAGCGUGGCUUGUGGGAUCUUAGUUCUCUGACUGGGGGUCAAGCCUGGUACCCCACAGUGGAAGCACCAAUUCCUAACCACUGGAUCGCAAGGGAAUUCCCACUACGUGGUUCUUAUAAAGAGAUUAUGUCUCACCGAAAAUUAACCUAAGAGUCAAAUAAUGUCACUUCUCAGUGACAUUAACCUUUCAAAAUACAUUUUUCUAGAGGCUUUUGUAUUCAUAUAUACACAUGACACUUGUUUUUACAAAAAAUGGUGUAUUCCUCAAAAGUAGGGUAGUGGUCCCCAUCUUGCCAUCUGUUUUUUCCACCUAACAGCAUACCCUGGAUGUCCAUCCAUGUUGUAGAGUCUCUUCCAAAUCAUGAUUUUCAAGAGCACCUAGAAUCUUGUUUGGGUAUAUCGUGAUUUAUUCAACUAAUGCCCUAUUGUCAGGCAUUCAGGUUGCUUCUGUGCUCUGCUGAGUCUCAAAAGGCAGCUCUCUUGCCUUGGACUUUGCACUGGGCUGCAGCCUGACCUGCCACCUCCAGAUCUCGCAUGGGUUUCUGAGGAGUGUCAGGCAGGGGCAAAGACAGAGGCGCCAGGUAGCUCCCAAUGCCACCCCAACCAAGUCUUCAGUGCUUGGUGUGAAGUCUCAAGACGCAAGACACACCCAGGCACAAGUGUGGGUGAAAACCACAUUCCAAAGGCAAAGAACGUAUUGUUUAGGUGACAAGGUGCAACUCUAAAAUUUGGAAAGUUUCUUUUCAAAUAGUCACACCAGAGCUCACCCAACCCAGUAGCUCCUCCUCCUUCAAAGUAGUCACCCUGGAAGGCAGUCCUCUUAUUGCAAUAAAACUGUGAUUGCUUGAAAAUACAUCCAUGAACUCUUUUAAAACUGUCUCCAGAGUCUGGUGUAACUAAUGUUUAGAUAUACUGUAGGCUGGGAAAUCUUUAUGCUUCUAGGUACAUGGUGAUCUGGAAAUAGCCUGUGUUCACCAAAUAACUUGCAAGCGCAGAAUCUGCUAUGUCUAGUUUGAGCAGAAACAGAUUUAUUAAAUUAUAACAGAGAAGUAGAAUCUCUGGCAGAGUUGGAGAACCAGGUGUGGAUGCCAUUUUUGUAUCUUUUUGUAAUGGAAUUGCCUUUUCAUGUUUUUUUGCCUAUUUUUCUCUCAGGUUUUGGGUCUCUGUUUCUGUCAAUGUUUUUUUAAUUUUUUAUUUAUUUAUUUAUUGGCUGUAUUGGGUCUUCAUUGCUGCACACAGGAUUUCUCUAGUCGCAGUGAGCAGGGGCUACUUUUCAUUGUGGUGUGCGGGCUCCUCAUUGCAGUGGCUUCUCUUGUUGUGGAGCAUGGGCCCUAGGCGCAUGGGCUUCAGCAGCUGUGGCACUCAAGCGCAAUAGUUGUGGCUCACGGGCUCCAGAGCACAGGCUCAGUAGUUGUGGCACAUGGACUCAGUUGCUCUGUGGCACGUGGGAUCUUCCCAGAGCAGGGCUCGAACCCUUGUCCCCUGCAUUGGCAGGCGGAUUCUUAACCACUGUACCACCUAGGAAGUCUCUGUUUCUGUCAGUGUUUAAGAGGUUGUUUUGUUUGUUUGUUUAAUAGCCAUUUGUCUGUGAUUUAUGUUGAAAAUUCUCUCAAUUUGUCAGUUGCCUUUGACUUUGUUUAUGGUGGUUUUACCUUGAAAAGGUGUUUUGUUUUUAUGUAGUUAAAUUUAUUCAUCUCUUCUUUUAUUGCAUCUGGACUUGAAAUUGUGGUUAGAAAACCUUUCCUUACACCCAGGUUAUAAAGAAAUUAACCCAUAUUUUCUUCUACUGUGUAAACGGUUUCAUUUUGUCGUAUUUAGAUCCCUGAUCUGUUUGGAGUUUACUCUUAUGUAAAAUAUGAGAUAUUUGCUUUUGAAACCCAGUUCUAUUAAAUGUAUUCAUUAAACCUGGGAUUGCAAAUUAAAAUGCUUUCAAGAGCCAGGCAGAAAGUUAGUGAGCAAAACUUGAUGGUAGAAUAAAAUAGGGAGUGGUGAGGUCUAUGGCCAACCAGAGAUUACAUUUAAAAAAUGCACCCACACAUUGGGACUUCCCUGGUGGUCCAGUGGUUUGGACUCCACGCUUCCACUGCAGGGAGCUCGGGUUUGAUCCCUGGUCGGGGAACUAAUAUCCCACAUGCCAUGUGGCGUGGCCAAAAAAAAAAAGAAAACCCACACCCACACAGUGGGUAUAUUAGUUUCCUAGGGCUGCCAGAAACAAAUGAUCAGAGGCUUCAUGGCUUAAAACAACAAAAAUGUAUCCUCUCACAGUUCUGGAGCCUAGAAGUUUGAAAUCAUGGUGUUGGCAGGGUUGUUUCCUUCUGAAGGGAAACCUGCUCCAGGUCGUUCUCACAGUUUCUGUGAUUGAGAGCAGUCCCUGGUGUUCCUCGGUUCACAGCACAUCACUCCAAUCUCUGCCUCUGUCUUUCAUGUAGCUUCUUCCCUGCGUGCCUGUGUCCAGACUUCCCUCUUCUCGUGGGGACACCGAUCAUUGGAUUCAGGGCCCCCUUAUCCAGGAUCAUUUAACUUGAUUACAUCUACAAAGACCCUAUUUCCAAAUAAGGUCACCUUCCCAGGUUCCAGAUAGACAUGAGUUUUGGGGGAACGGUGAGGGAAAAGCAGAACUCUCUGGAGCCCCCGCAGCCUGCGUGCUGAGAGCUUGGGGACCCUCCGUGGGUGUCUUGUGCUGCUGUUGGAGUCUUUCAGGAGUGACAAAGUCUGCUGAACUGGGAAAUGCAUCAGACUUCACUCUGAGAAUCAGUUUUGAAAAGCACUGACAGCUGGUCACUUUAAAAUGUUCUGAGAAAAGGAAAAAGAAACCAGAGGCCAACUCUCCCAAGUCUGAAACGAAUAGUUGGCCUGCCUCACAGCCUUACCGAGGACAGACUUGUUCAGUGUAAACAUUUGGGUUUCCCCCGGAGGCCAGGCCUCUGUUAUGCUGCUUCCUUCAGUGUAAGGGGAGAAUUCAUACAAACCCCUCUGUACCAAAAGCCGGCCCCUGUCGUACCAGAGAAGGGGAAGGGCGAUGUCUUCCUGACCCAGAGAUCCUAGGGAGGGCCGUCUUUGUAGCUAAUCUCCAUGAAGACCACCCCCCGCCAGGGUAGGUAGAAUUCUAAGGAUGCCCCCAGCCCCUGCCCCAGGAUCCCCAGUCCCUGGUUAUCCAAACACUAACCCAGGUGCUGCUGUGAAGUAGUUCUGCAGUUUAAAGUCCCAGGUCAGGUGAUUUUAAGAUGCGCAGAUUAUCUGGGCGGGCCUGACCCACUCAGGUGCGUCUUGUAAAAGCAGAGCGUGUUCUCUGACUGGAGACAGAAGGGGCCAUCAGAGGUGUUAGAAGGGUCAGAAGGACGUGAUACGCCGUUUCUGAUCUGAAGACAGAUGGGGCCACAUGGGAAAGAAUGUGGGUGGCCUCCAGGGCAGAGCGUGGCCCCAGCCCACAGCCAGCAAGGACACGGACCCUCAGACCCACAGCCUCGGGGAGGCAGAUCCUCCCACAGACAAGAGCCCAGCCGGGGACACAGAGAUUUUUGCCUGUGAGACCUGAACAGAGAACACAGUCAAGCCUGUUCGGAUUUCUGGCCCAUGGAACUGUCAGGUCAGGGAGGAUGCGGAGAUCGGAGUAGGGCAGUUCCAUCUCUUCUGCUGGCGCACUUCCGUCCUGUUUUCAUCCACGUGAUCUACCGGAGCUCCUGGUCCCUGCACACGACAUAAAGACACCACGACGAGCUGGUGUGGGGGUCCUCUGCUCCAGAGGUAGAUGGAAGGCAGACCUGUGCUCCUCUUGUGGUCAACCAGUUACCGAAGACCUGGGAACCAGGGAUAGUAUUCCUCAAGAACUUCUGGACAGAACCACCAGAACCACCCCUGGGUAUAAUAUACAGCGAGGCCGUGUUGGCGUGUCCCAGAUGAAGGGACCUACCAGGGCCAGUGGGUCGGCGGCGUGCGCCAGGGCUACGGCGUGCGGCAGAGUGUCCCGUACGGCAUGGCGGCGGUCAUCCGCUCGCCCCUGAGGACCUCCAUCAACUCCCUGCGCAGCGAGCACACCAACGGCGCCGCGCUGCACCCCGACGCCGCCCCCGCCGUGGCCGGCAGCCCGGCCGUGUCCCGGGGGGGCUUCGUGCUGGUGGCGCACAGUGACUCCGAGAUCCUCAAGAGCAAGAAGAAGGGGCUGUUCCGGCGCUCGCUGCUGAGCGGGCUGAAGCUGCGCAAGUCGGAGUCCAAGAGCAGCCUGGCCAGCCAGCGCAGCAAGCAGAGCUCUUUCCGCAGCGAGGCGGGCAUGAGCACCGUCAGCUCCGCGGGCAGCGACGUCCACUCCACCAUCAGCCUGGGCGAGGGCGAGGCCGAGCUGUCGGCCAUCGAGGACGACGUCGACGCCACCACCACCGAGACCUACGUGGGCGAGUGGAAGAGCGACAAGCGCUCUGGCUUCGGCGUGAGCCAGCGCUCGGACGGGCUCAAGUACGAGGGCGAGUGGGCCGGCAACCGGCGGCACGGCUACGGCUGCAUGACCUUCCCCGACGGCACCAAGGAGGAGGGCAAGUACAAGCAGAACGUCCUCGUGAGCGGCAAGCGCAAGAACCUCAUCCCGCUGCGCGCCAGCAAGAUCCGCGAGAAGGUGGACCGGGCCGUGGAGGCGGCCGAGCGGGCGGCCACCAUCGCCAAGCAGAAGGCGGAGAUCGCGGCCUCCAGGACCUCGCACUCCCGGGCCAAGGCCGAGGCGGCCCUCACGGCGGCUCAGAAGGCCCAGGAGGAGGCACGCGUCGCCAGGAUCACUGCCAAAGAGUUCUCCCCCUCCUUCCAGCACAGGGAAAACGGGCUCGAGUACCGGCGGCCGAAGCAUCAGCUCUCCAGCGACGACAUCGAGGUGAUCUCCACCGGGACGCCUCUGCCGCAGGAGAGCCCCGAGCUGUACCGCAAGGGCACCACCCCCUCGGACCUGACCCCGGAUGACAGCCCCCUGCAGAGCCUCCCCGCCAGCCCCACAGCCACCCCGCCGCCGGCCCCCGCCUCGAGGAAUAAGGUGGCCCACUUCUCCCGGCAGGUCUCCGUGGACGAGGAGCGGGGUGGGGACAUCCAGACGCUCCUGGAGGGCCGGGGAGGGGACUCCACCCGCAACAGCUGGGCCGAGGACAAGCCCGGGGGCUCCAGGGGCCUCCGCAGCGGUGCCCACCGCGGCGGCCAGCCCACGGAUGACGUCCGCGCCCGGGGCUUGGGCCACAAGCAGCCCAGCAACCCCAAGCCCCGGGAGCGACGGACGGAGUCCCCCACCACGUUCGCCUGGACUUCCCACCACCGGGCCGGCAACCCCGGGCCCGGGGGCCCCAGGCUGCUGGAGCUGGACGAGGAGAAGCUGAGCAACUACGAGAUGGAGAUGAAGCCGCUGCUGAGGACGGACUCGUACGCGCAGGAGACGCACCCCCCAAAAAGGCGCUACGGCAAGGGGGGCGCUGGCCGGGGCCUGGGGGAGGACCACCGCACCGAGGACCGGGGCUUCGGGGCCCAGAGACUGCGGUCCAAGGCCCAGAACAAGGAGUACGCCAGGCCGGCCUCCUGCGCGGAGCCCGCGGUGCAGCGGCUAGAGAGCCUGCGGCUGGGCGACCGGGCGGAGCCCCGGCUGCUGCGCUGGGACUUGACCUUCUCCCCGCCCCAGAGGUCCUCGCCCGUGGCGCUGGAGUCGGACGAGGAGAACGGGGAUGAGCUCAAAGCCAGCACGGGCUCGGCGCCUAUCCUGGUCGCCAUGGUGAUCUUGCUAAACAUCGGAGUCGCCAUUUUGUUUAUUAACUUUUUCAUCUGAGGAGACUGUCGCGUCAGCAAAACAGUUGCUGUACACACGGGGGACGUUAAAAGCAGA